GUGACACCGAUGUAAACGACAAGGGUGGACCGGGGGCAAAAAAGGAAAAGGGGGAUCCCCCGAUUUCGUACCCCCGAUAUUUCAGCUAGUUCGCCAUCGAAAGCGAACUCGCGAUUCCAGUUCUGAGCGGGCCGGCCGAGCAUUCGCAUCGUCUUCCAAAGACGCGUUUCGAGGCAGGCUCAACCGAAGUUGACAGAAAAGGGACGAAAAGAAUAUAGAGAAAACAGAAAACGACCGUCUAGGAAGGCGAUAUAAAGAGAAAAGGAAUCGCCGUUGUCCUCAUCCUCGAGCGAAAUAAUCACGAGAGCAAUUUCCUUCAGGGGAACGUGAUCGAUGACCGUGUUGUCGCCACGACCGCCAGGAUCGAGAGAAAUCAACUCUUGAUCGGCCCCUAUCUCUGGAUCCGAAAAUUGAACCGCGAAUCUGAGUGCAUUUGAUCUUCACCUGGAGAGGAACAGCUACGCUCCAUUCGGAAAUGCCGCCCGUUUGACGCGAACGUUGCGUGAAGGACCAGGAGUGCCCCAGUGACAGUGCAUAGAAUACUCUGAACUGAAGUUCCGAAAUCGACCGUUUCACCCGUGUAGUCUAUUCUAAACUUCUAUUUUCCUAUCGUCUCCUGUCCGUCGAACGUUCCCGCCGGAAACUCGCGAGGAAGCAGGCGAAGGAGAGGGGCUCGUGUUAUCGGGGACCGGAAGUUCUGAAUACAGACAGUGUUCUAAGAUCGAAGAUCGUUUGGGAACAGAAGCUCUGUUAUGUAUUCGCGGUAGUCGUACGAGGUGUGGAGGAACACGCGAGAAAGAAAACCGGAAGCGACGGAACUUCUUCAAGGCCAGGUGACGGAGAUCUAGCACAAAAUGACGGAAGCAUCGAGAGAACCCGAGCUCGGGGAUCCUGAAAAUCCCGACAAAACCGCGUUAAAUGUGACGUCCAGCAAGCAAAAACCGCUCCCGGAACGUGGCACAUGGAGCACUAAAUUAGACUUUAUCUUGAGCGUGGUCGGUUUGGCGAUCGGUUUGGGAAACGUCUGGAGAUUUCCGUAUCUCUGUUAUAAAAAUGGCGGGGGCGCUUUUUUAAUACCAUACUUCCUAACGCUGGUGCUCGCUGGAAUCCCAAUGUUCUUCAUGGAGCUAGCCCUCGGCCAAAUGCUCACCGUUGGUGGCCUCGGUGUCUUCAAGAUAGCGCCGCUGUUUAAAGGCAUCGGAUACGCAGCCGCCGUCAUGUCCUGCUGGAUGAACGUCUAUUACAUCGUCAUCCUUGCUUGGGCAAUCUUCUACUUCUUCAUGUCCAUGCGAAGCGAGCUACCAUGGGGAAGCUGCAACAACUACUGGAACACGAGGUACUGUGUGAAUCCUUACGACAGAGACUCGUUGCCUUGCUGGGGCAAAUCGACCAGGCACCAUAAGUCACAGAUAUGGCACAUCGUUCAGAUAUGUUCCGUGAACGGUACUAAUGUCUCGGUCACGGACCUCACUGACCCGGUGAAAGAGUUCUGGGAACGCCGAGCGCUGCAGAUCAGCGAGGGCGUAGAGCACGUAGGGAACAUCCGCUGGGAACUGGCCGGUACGUUGCUAUUGGUCUGGAUCCUUUGCUACUUCUGCAUCUGGAAAGGCGUUAAGUGGACCGGGAAGGUCGUUUACUUCACCUCCCUUUUCCCGUACGUCUUGUUAAUGAUCCUUUUGAUUCGUGGGAUCACUUUGCCCGGCGCCAUGGAGGGCAUUCGAUUCUACAUCAGUCCGAAUCUCUCAAAACUAAAAGAGUCCGAGGUGUGGAUAGAUGCGGUUACCCAAAUUUUCUUCUCGUACGGUUUGGGUUUGGGUACCCUGGUAGCGCUUGGUAGCUACAAUAAAUUCACGAACAACGUCUACAAGGAUGCUUUGAUUGUAUGUUCUGUGAAUUCGUCAACGAGCAUGUUCGCUGGUUUCGUGAUUUUCUCCGUGGUGGGCUUCAUGGCUCACGAACAGCAAAAACCGGUGGCAGAGGUCGCCGCUUCUGGUCCUGGAUUGGCCUUUCUAGCUUACCCUUCUGCGGUUCUUCAACUUCCUGGAGCGCCGCUAUGGUCGUGCUUAUUCUUCUUCAUGCUCCUUCUCAUCGGUUUGGAUUCGCAAUUCUGUACCAUGGAAGGAUUUGUUACUGCUAUGGUGGACGAGUGGCCACAGCUACUUCGCCGACGCAAGGAAAUCUUCAUAGCGAUCGUUUGCGUACUCUCUUACAUUAUAGGGCUCUCUUGUAUCUCUCAAGGUGGCAUGUACGUCUUCCAAAUUCUGGACUCGUACGCCGUUUCCGGUUUCUGUCUUCUAUUCUUAAUUUUCUUCGAAUGCAUCUCAAUAAGCUGGGCCUUCGGCGUCGACCGAUUUUACGAUGCCAUCAGGGAUAUGAUUGGAUAUUAUCCCCUGAUGUGGUGGAAACUUUGUUGGACGUUCACCACUCCAUUGAUCUGCGUUGGGGUCUUCAUCUUCAAUCUGGUACAAUGGACACCUGUCAAGUAUUUGGAUUAUGAGUAUCCAUGGUGGUCACACGUACUCGGCUGGAUGACCGCCUUAUCAUCCAUGUUGUGCAUACCCGGUUACAUGGUCUACGCAUGGAAGACAACGCCAGGAGACUUUUUAACGAAAUUCAAGUUGUUGGUACGAAUAGAAGAUGACGUGGCAACUCUGCGAAUGAAAAUGGGCCAGCCAUCGCUCGAGUUAACACCCCUUUAACUGCUACCGGUUUUUCUCGAUUCCUGAAGGAAUUAAUCGUUCCGAUUUUAAAUAUUCCUCCCUGGCUAUCAUUAAUUUAACAAGCUAACCAACGUCAUUAUUAUUCUCCUACGGCUAUCGUGUCUCGUCAAUGCAAAGAGAACGUUUAUCGUGUUCCUCAAUACGAGCAAAAUUCGUAUUAUUUCAACGGGACAUUGUUUUUCUUCCUUCUCCCACCCCCACUCCCUUUUGUAUUAUUACUAAUCGACCAGUUAUUGUUAGUUUGUUAGAUUUUAGUUCGCGGGACACGGGGGCUCUCGUUAACAGAAGAAGAAAAAGUAUGAAACGACUAAAGUGUUCAGAAAUCGCGUCUGGUAUGUUAACGUAAGCGUAUUUGUUAGUUGUAUUUAUAUAAGUACAAGAAAUUCUCGGUUUACGCGAAUAGUUCGCAAAAGCAGCUGUAAUUAUUGUUAUUUAUUAUCAUCAGACUGCAAACGUUUGUCUAAUAGACCUUUAUGGACUAAUUUACUGCAGAUUAAAUAAAACAGAAAUUUGUUUAGUCCAUAAUAAGGUUUCAAAUAAUAUGAAAAUUUUAUUCGAUUUUGUUUUGCUUUUCGCUGUACUUUAUUUUAGUCAGCUAUCUGUGGUGCAAUGCGUGCAAUCCACAGUUUAAUUAGUAUUAUUAUCAACGUCUCUAUUAGAACUCUAUAAAAUUACGCGGCUACUCGCGUAAGCCUGAUCGCAGAUUUAACUGCUAACUUAUUUUAGCGGUAUCGGACGUGUACGAUAAAUGAAAAUAACUGCAUAUUUUGAAUUUUAGUUACAAAAUACACGUAUCUGCGCUGCCAUAAUUAUUACUAGACUGCGAAUAUUUAUGAGAAGCCAAAUGUUUGUUAAUAAAUUAUCAAAAGCGAAAGAUACAAAGAAAAAUUGAUUUUCUUUAUUGAUGAUUCUAUUCAUUCCGCAACAAAAUUAACUAUUUACAAAAUCAGUUAAACACGUUUUUGAAAUUCUUUUAUAUUAUGUUUUGUAUAUGCCAAUAUAUUAUAAACGCGUAAAAUUCGUAGUCUAGUUGUUAUACUUUAUCGUUGAAUCGAACGAUGAGCUGUAUUAUUUUUUUCGCCUUACGAUUACAAAAGUAAAAGGAAAAAAUAUCGCGGUGUACGGGAGAUUUCUCGGAAAAUGUUCGUGCAAAUUUUAUUCUUAAUAAAAAUCGUAGAGUCGCGUAGAACCAAUAUAUCUAUUAUUGUUAAUUACUAGUAAGAAGUCAUACAGACGCGUAUUAGAUUUAGUCCCUAAAUAUUUAAAACGUGUUUCGAAUAAAAUUCAACUGUAUAUUUAAUUGAAAA